AUGGAGUUGGGCGGCUGGGAGGACGGCAGGGGGCGAAAGAGGGGCGGCCGUGGGACAGAGAGGCCUGGCCCAUGGCCUCCCGUGAUCGAGCCCUUCGUUCCCAGGAACACCGACCUCAACCCUCGGGAGCUCAAGUCCUGGGCUCGCCGCACCGGCUUCAACCCCAAUCUCUCCGGCGAGACCUCGCUCAGCAGCCUCAGCGAGCGAGAAGUUCACGAACGGAACGGCGAGCCCCUGCGCGAGGCUUUCCUGCUGGAUUCAGCGAGAAGGUCUCCGGCGGCAGCAAUGCCGGCCCCUCCCAGGCCGGGAAAGGAAAUCAAACCAAUGCUGGGUCGAGGGGCCGAGAUGGGUCCGCUGCCUGGCCGGGGAAAGGGGUUCCGGCGAGGGGGCGGCGAUGACGCCGAGACCCAGGAGCUAGCCGGAGAGAUUUGGAGGCCUGACAGGAGGAUUGGGGCUGAGCCCGUUGUGGGUUUGAGGGAAGAGGGCAGGGGCCUUCCGCCGAAGCCUGAAAUGGCCUCCCAGGUCGACGCGUCUCAGAACAACGGGAAUAGGGUUCUUCUCAAUGGGGGCUCGCGCUCUCCUGAGAAUACGGAGAACAACAAGGCGGAGCCGGGAAAGCCCCCGAUGGAUGAAGAAAAUGGCGGCGUGUUCUCAGAUUACGAAGAGCUCGGGGGUCCUCCUCCCACCCGACCGCCGCAAGGGCUCAAACGCGGGCUCACUGAGAAUCCCGGCUUCCGUCAGUAUAACAAGUUCCCCUCACCUCUCUGCCCAGUCGCAUUUCGCCCUUCGCUUAUCAUCUUUCCCAUCUUAUUUCUUUCCCGGUGCAUCUAUACUUGCAGCCUCCCUCGCCAUAUACGGCCUUCAGCACUACCUAUCUCUUGCGGGGUCGCUCGUGUUCAUACCUCUGAUAUUGGUGCCCGCCAUGGGAGGCACCGAUGUAAGCUUCCCGCCCGACGGGUUCGGUGGAAGCACGGCUACGGCGAUCACUCACCGCGACAUUGUUGUUCUGAUGAUGGCAGGAGCAAACAGCUGCUGUGAUUUCCACCAUGUUGCUGGUCUCUGGCCUCACCACCAUACUGCACUCCUUCUUCGGGACUCGGCUUCCUCUAGUUCAGGGGAGCUCCUUCGUCUACCUGGCUCCCGCUCUGGUCAUCGCAAACUCCGAGGAAUUCCGCAAUCUCAGCCAAAAUGUGAGCUCCCUGCCAUCAUCAGAACCAUGAAUGUGCCUCACUCAACUCAUCGUGCUGAUCUAAUUUCAUCUGCAGAAAUUCAAGCACAUUAUGAGAGAGUUGCAGGGGGGCAUCAUUGUCGGCUCGCUCUGCCAGACCAUACUGGGAUACAGUGGCCUGAUGUCCCUUCUCUUGAGGUAUUCAACCAUGGCUCUGGUCUGUGUUCUUCUCCAGUCUGUGGUGCAUGGUAUCCCAGGUUGUGCACUGUUUCCUUCAUUCUUGUUUUUUCUGCGCUUUCCACGGACGGGUGAAUGUGACCAGCGGGGCCGUAAUAUUUUAUUUAUUUCCUGCACUUUUACCUGCAUCAGCCCAGUUCUCUAUACGUCUCAUAGUCUGCAGUUGUGUGACUAUUCCGCAUUAAUUGGCUAAAGUUCCUGGCUUUUGUGCCCACCCCGCUGCUUUUAAAAAAAAAAACCUUUUUUUUUUCAAAGCAGCGCUAGAGAUUUUCAAAUGUUUCAGUGAUGCUCGAGUAGGUGUAGUUAUGUUGAGUGAUCUUCCGUGGAGCCCAAUGGAGGGUCACUACAAAACCAUGCUGCAGGUGCAUAAACCCAGUGGUGGUCGCCCCGACUGUUGCGGCCGUUGGGUUGGGAUACUUUAGCUAUGGCUUCCCCCAAGCCGGGAACUGUGUCGAGAUCAGCAUUCCUCAAGUGCUGCUGGUUCUCAUCUUCACUCUGGUAAAUCACUUGCCUGAAGCUGUUCCAGGUUAUCUUAUCUGCUGCAUCCCCUUCCCUCCGAUUCUAUCUAUCCACCGAUCUGCUGCUGAGAAGAAGAAGGGCUCUCUUCACGAUUCUCAUUCUUCAUGGCGCAUUGAUUUAUCUCACUGUCGGACGAGCUAUUCACUGACGAUCUGUGCCCGGCGCAGUACCUCCGCAAGGUUUCCGUUCGUGGGCAUCGCGUCUUCCUGGUGUUUGCGGUGCGGUGCUCCUCUGGCCCUCUCCACUCUUCAUUGUUCAGAAUUCAGUCUAUGGCGACCAGUUUUUACAGAUGGGCACCACCUGCAUCAUCUCUCCUCCUGAUUGGGAAUCUCCCUUCUUUCACUUCGAUUGAAUCUCCCUUCAGGUCCCGUUGAGCGUGGCGAUCGUCUGGGCCUACGCCUUCUUCCUGACCGCCGGAGGAGCCUACCACCACGACGGGUGCAACCCGGGCGUGCCCACGUCGAACAUCCUGCUGGACUCGUGCAGGAACCAAGCGCUCGCCAUGAGGAGCUGCCGGACCGACGUCUCCGGCGCCCUGCACGCCGCAGCGUGGGUCCGGGUGCCCUACCCACUGCAGUGGGGGAUGCCCUCCUUCAGCUUCAAGACCUCCUUCAUCAUGUUCUUCGUGGCGCUGGUGGCCUCGGUGGACUCGGUACGCCUGCCUCCAAGAUCCCUGAUUUCCUCGCCGGCGUUCCUGUUCCGCCGCCGGGAGAGGCCUCUGAGGUUUUCCAGUCCGGUUUUGCAGGUGGGUUCCUACCACGCCGCAUCUGUGCUGAUCGGCUCGAGCCCGCUGACCCCGGGGAUCGUGAGCAGAGGAAUCGGGCUAGAGGGCUGCUCGAGCAUACUCGCCGGUCUGUGGGGAACGGGAACCGGGUCGACGACCUUGACGGAGAACAUCCACACGAUCGACGCGACGAGGAUGGCGAGCCGGAGGGCGCUGGAAGUCGGUGCCGUCUUCCUGAUCCUCUUCUCGUUUGUGGGUACGACGGAUCUCCGCUAUCUCCUCCUUCCUGCUCGCAGAAUUUCAGAACAUUCAUUGAUUGAAAUCUCUCUUCUUUUCUUCCCUGGCUGGUGGGGCAGGGAAGGUGGGUGCCCUCCUGGCGUCGAUCCCUCCGGCCCUGGCUGCCGCUGCCCUGUGCUUUACGUGGGCUUUGAUCGCGGCGCUGGGCCUGUCGACGCUCAGAUACACCCAGGCCGCGAGCUCCAGGAACAUGAUAAUCGUAGGGUUCACCCUGUUCAUCUCCCUCUCCGUCCCUUCAUAUUUGCAGCAGUACCAGCCCAUCUCCCGCCUCAUCCUUCCCGGCUACCUCCUCCCCUACGCGGCGGCUUCAAACGGCCCCGUCCGCCUCGGCAGCCACUCGGUGAGUACUCUCUCUCUCUCUCUCUCUCUCUCGCUACAGAUCACUCAAAGCGGCUUCUUCCUCCGAUCCGGUUCUGCAGCUGAGUUACGCGCUGAACGGGGUGCUGUCGCUGAACGCGGUGGUGGCGCUGCUGGUGGCGUUCUUGCUGGACAACACGGUGCCGGGGAGCCGGCAGGAGCGGGGGGUCUACGUCUGGUUGGAUCGAGCGGCGCUGCCGCCGCUGCAAGUGGGGGACCAGCGGCGGUCGUCGCUCUCCGAGUACGCGCUGCCGCCGAGCAUCGCCAAGCUCUUUAGCUGGGUCAAGUGGGUCGGGUCUUGA